AUGGAACUCUUCUUAGAUGUUAAGAAAGGGGCGAAGCUCAUAUUGCUUUACGAGAGGUUCAUGAAGGCUUUCAUUGUUGAAUUUUUCAUGCAUCAAAGAUUAUCCUCCGAGUUAAUCCUUGAAAACAAAAGUGCAUUAAAGAAUGUUUCGGAUCUACACGGUUGGUGGUCCAAUCAAUUAAACAACAGGGAUGAUGAUUUGCUGAUUCAACGUGUUGUGGCCGAUGUUAAAAAAAGCUUACAUUCAAACAAAAUGUAUCUGGAUGUUUCAGAAUGCUUUGGUUUGGACGGGUCCGUGAAAAAUCUCAAGAGAUUAUUAAAUGCAGUGGGUCAUCAGAAGAAGAUGGUGAAAGUGGGUUUACAUGGCAUGGGUGGGAUUGGUAAAACCACGCUGGCAAAGGUUGUUUGCAAAGAACUACCAUUCUCACAGUUCCAAGCGUUCUGUUUUGUUCCAAGCGUGGGAGAAAGAUGUCAAGAGGCGAAUGGGCUUGUAAAGCUGCAGAGCCACAUGCUCAAAUGUAUCUCACAGUUCAGAAGUGAAGUAGAUCAUGCUGAUCAAGGCAAGGGUCUGCUACGAGACUGGCUCAGGGGUAAGAGGGUUCUGCUUCUCCUCGAUGACAUUGAAAGUGUUGAGCAGCUCGAAGCUCUCGCGGGAAAUUACAAGGAAUUCGGGGCAGGCAGCUGUGUGAUCAUUACAUCACGCGAUGAACAAAUCCUAAAAGUGGCUAACGUUGAUGUAGUCUACGAGGUACAAAGACUUCCUCACAAUUAUGCCAUGCAGUUGUUUAAUUUGCACGCAUUUCCCAAUUCCUGCUGUCCAGAUCAAGAGCUGCAAACUCUGAGCAGUGAUAUAGUCAGUGCCUGUGAAGGCCUUCCUCUUGCCCUUCAACUUCUUGGGAAAAGCCUGUUUGGUGAAGGGGAUAGAGAUGUAUGGAAAGAAAUGGAGCUGAACCUUUCACAAUGUCAACAUCUGUCUAAGCUUCCCGCUAAUUUUGGGAAUUUGACACGGCUAGAAAGGCUAGAAAUUCUCCACAUUCCUGGGCUUACAGAGCUACCCGACAGCUUUGACGACCUGAAAGCUUUGGCUUAUUUGGAUGCCAGCUAUUGCGGACUAACAGACAACAGACUACCAGCCACAAUAUCCGAAUUGUGUUCACUGAAAAUCAUACAUCUUGAAGGUAACAGAAUCCGCCGUCUUCCUAGCGGCUUGGAAAAGUUAGGACAACUUGAAGAGCUGCAUGUGGACGAAUGCAGUGAGCUUGUCGUACUGUCGGCGCUUCCAUCACCAUUGCAACUGCUCUACGCCUGCAACUGUUUCGGUUUGGAGACAAUCUGCUGCCUUCCAGCAUUGCCAAGCCUGAUGACAUUAGACGUUAGCAAGUCCUGCCACCUCACUCACUUGCAUGGCCUGGUAUCAUUGAAGCAAUUAACCACGCUCAAUCUUGUGGGCUGCAGUGGUAUCUUCUCUUGUGGGGUUCUCGAAAGCUGCUUGACUGGUCUCACAGCUCUCGAGUGCGUUUUUGUUGGCGGGCCUGGUGUGUCAUCAUCUCAAUUACAAUUUUUUUACGAUUCCUUCAAGGACUUCUCUUUCCACCAAAAUUGUUUGCUAGCUGAUCUAAAUGCCCCUAUAAAUUGGCUACAAGGGGAGGCAUGUGGACAAGACGGUUAUAGCAUUGAUUAUUGCACGGAGAAGAAUAAAGUUAAGAGUUUUGCUGUUUAUAUUGUUUGUUUAGUCUCCUCUGGCCAAGUCCAAAUGCGUGAGGAUUGUGGGGUAAACCCAGGUAUUAACAGGUGUAAAGAUUAG